ACAGUGGCAACCUGCUCUUCUAAUAUAAGGAUAUCUCUACCAAAAGAAAAUUUGAAGCAAUUAUUAUUGCACAAGAAUGGCUUCAUCUGCCUCUUCAAAGGACGAUCGUAUAUUGAAUGUAAUAUUUAAUCCAGAUGAACCAAUUCUAGGACUGGAGCUAGAAAGUGAUGCUGGUGUUGGUGAUUGUGUGUGUACGGGUGGGUUGAGCAGUGAGGAGGUGAAGCAUGCCCAACUCCUAGAGCUGCAGGCAGUGAAGGUGGCAGAGGGUGGCAAUCUAGUUAAUGCACUUGAACUACUCAACAACGCUGUCACAGAGGUGCCUGGCUAUGCCUCCGUCUACAACAACAGGGCUCAGGUAUAUCGUCUGCUGAACCAGGUGGACCUAGCUCUGACAGACUUAGAUGAGGCCAUUCGUCUCUCCAAUGGUCAAGGGAAGGUAGCAGAGCAAGCAUUCACCCAGAGAGGCCUCAUUAGGAGAUUGAGGGGGGAAGAUGAGGGGGCUUUAGCUGACUUUAAGUGUGCUGCCAAUCUUGGCAGUCGAUUUGCCAGGAAACAGGUUGUGACGAUGAAUCCGUAUGCUGCACUCUGCUCGAAAAUGCUCUCACAAGCUAUAAAUAAACUGAAAACUGGUGAUAAUUAAUUAUGAUCGUCAUUAAUAUUAUGGGUGUCAGGAAA